CCCUAUGCAGUGCAAAUGGAACCUGUAGUGCAAUACUCUCAGAAAGAUCCGCUAUACGAUCCUACUCAUGAUAACCUAGUAGAAGCCGUAAACCAAAACGAAAUUUAUGCCCAACCUAAAAUACUCAAUAUUCACGAUGAAGGACCUGAAAGUUCUUUUGGACCUCCUUACGGAGCACUGCCAACGGCUCCACUUUAUAGUGGAGAAUCACACCCUCACUACAUCGAAGCUCCUGAACCGAUAAUCGAAAUUAUUAUUAAAGAAUCAAACGAAUCCUUACCCGCACCACCAGCAGCACCUGUACAUAAAAAGAAAAAGGAACCAGUUCAUGUUUUCUAUGUGAAAUACAGCAAAGAUCCCCAUUCUAAAGACAAAGUUAUUUAUGAAAAACCUAUUCCAGCUAUCACCCCACCAUCUAAUGAAGAAGAUGAACACCAUGAAGAUUAUAUUACUGUGACUCCACAACCUCAUUAUAUCCCUUCGGAAUCAACCACGUUGAGAGCUAUUAUUAAACCAGAGUCAGAAGUAUAUCACAGUAACAGCAAUGUUAGAAUAACAUUUGGAAAUGGUGAUCAUCAUUACGGUUAUAGACGAGAGGAGCAUCAUCAAGGCGAAGAUAGGGAAGAAACGGCUCCUAGACCAGCAAUUGCUUUACCAAAUUCACAACCAACUGAAGUGCCAACAGGCAGAUCAGCAUCACCUAAAACACAAUAUGAUCAUGAAACUAAACACUUCAGUCAGUCUAGUCAUCAAGUGUAUCAACCUGGACAACAGGCACAAAGUCGUAUACAAUUCCAACAACAGCCACAACUAAAUCAUGAACCCCAACUACCAAGACAAGGGCCAUCAGUUGCACCUUUUAGAGUUCAAGCUCCCCGUCAACCUUUUGGUCCUGCUAUAUCCCUAAGACCUUCAUUUUCAAACGUUUCUCCCAGUCCUAGUCAACAAUUCGCAAAUGUUAAUCCAACAAUUCCUGGUCCGGUAGGGCCUAUUUUCUCAACAUUCCCCAGGCCAAAUAAUCCUCCAGCAUUUCACUCUCGCCAAAACAAUCCACCAUCCUUCGGACCAAGACCACAUUUUAGUGGUCCGCCAAGAGUUAGCUUCCAUCCAGGACCACAAAGACCACAACAGCAAUUUUUCGAUGAAGCAAAAUACUUGCAAGAAAAUUAUCACACAAUAACAACAGAUCAAGUAAAUCCUCCAAAGCAGCAAUUGUUACCUAACAGACAAGUUCAGAACUUUAAUCUUACUCCUAAACCUAACCCAAGUCCAGCUCCAGGUCAUUUCUCCGAACAUCAGAGCCGACCUCAACAUAUAAUUCCUUUUAAUCAACAAUUACCUCAGCAAAGACCACCACUAGUCUUUGAUAACAAUAAACAAAAACCUGCAUUUACAGUAACCCCAACCAGAUCUCCAUUUUUUAAUUUGAAACCCUCUCCACCCCAUAUUGAGGAUAAUCGCCCUCCUUUUCAACGCCAGCCCCUUCCCCAUCCAUCUCAACAACAUGUUACUUUCCACCAGGGCCCUCAGAUACAGUCACAACUAAGACCUUCAAUUCAACUCGCUUCUCAGGAUAGUCACCCACAAAACAUAUAUCUUACAUCUCCUUCGUCUACGCCAUCUCCAAUUUCUCAUAACCAGUUCCUCCCACAACCGUCAUCGACCCCCUUAUUUAGUUUCCAACCGUCACCCAAUUCUAACCAACCUCAAAACUUCCAUCAACAAAGCAUAUCCACUGGAAGACCACAAAGCCCAUCGGAAAGACCUCAGACUGCCACCCAAGAAAUAUCUAAUCUAGAACACCAACAAAAUGUUCAACAAUUCGUACCUAAUGGUGGAGAAUUAGUUGCGUCCAUACCACGAUAUGAACAACAUAUAACGGUAAAUGGACCAAAUGACCAACCCAAUUUUAAUAGUGGCUUGAACAUUAUAAGCCAACCGACACCAACAGUUAGUCUUGUUGAACAACAAUCCCAACCGCAAUAUGUAGAUGCGGAGCAAGAGCAAGUUAGACAACAAUUAGCCCAAAAUGUAAGAAAACAACAAGAAGAAAUCCAGCGCUUGCAACAUCAACUGCAGUUUGCUCAACAUCAUCAACAGCAGCAACAGAAACAACAGCAAGAGCAGCAGCAACAGCAGCAACAAAAACAUCAGCAGCAGCAACAACAACAUGAUCAUCAACAGCAGCAGCAGCAACAACAGCUGCAGCAACAACAGCAGCAACACCAGCAGCAGCAACAACAGCAACAACAUCAGCAACAGCAACAACAACAGCGACAACAAGAUGAAUAUGAACAAAGAUUAAAUCAAUAUAAUCAACAGCAAUUACAACAAGCUGCAGCAAAUAGUCAGUAUGUGCAAGAAAGAUCCAGAUUGCAACCUGCCUAUGUAACAAGUACGGCACCUACUGAAUAUUACCAAUCAACUUCUAGGAGUGUAGAAAUUAAACCUACGACUCAAAAAUAUGUAUCUUCCACAGUAAACUCUGUCAGCUCUGAUUCCCAGAAUGAACAAAAGAAGAGACCUACAAUUGAGUUACCCGAUGAAGUUCCAGAUGAUUUACGGCAACAAUUGCUCUCUUCUGGUAUUCUAGACAACGCUGACAUAAGUGUGCUUGACUAUGAUAAAGUAGGUGAGACUCCUCUCGAAUCACUGCCACCGGAUCAAUUGGCAAACUUUUUCAGCGCUGGAGGUGGUCAACAAAUAGCUGCGAGCGAGCAUAGACCUAUUGUUGUCAAACCAAGCGGAGAUAGAAUAGAAUCUAGAAUAGAUGAAAAUAUUGAUGAAGACGACCAAGAAAUUGCUGCAUCGGAGAAUUUGCCAAGCAUUGUAGCACCUCCUCAAAAUCAAGCCGUAGAAAUGAAAGUUGUACGUUUUGACCCAAAAACCGCGGAAGGUCAGAAAAUAGCUAGUGACUAUGUAAAAGAAGAUGCUACCCAAGUGGAUCCAGUGGCGUUGAAUGACAAAAAAUAUAACAGGUACUUACCUCUAAAAGUCAGCGGCAAUCAAUUUCCCUUACCUGACGUAUUGAAAGGUAGAAAAAUAACAUCUGUUGUGGUCUUAGCUCCGGUUCAAACGGAAAGUUUGGAUAGCGAGCACUCUAGAGCGGAACGUUCAACAACUGAUAGUUUAAGAGGAAUAAAAUUUGUUGCUGGAGAAAGCCUAAAUAAACUUUUGAAGAAACCAACAAAAGACAAUUUUGAGACUUGGCUAGAGACGGAAAAACGAACUGCGUCUGAUGAACAGUCCGUUAUUCUUCUAGUAACCGGAAAUGACGGAACCCCAGAAGACAGGGAAAUCUUCAUGUACGACAUCGCAACAGGCAACGUUAACAAGCUCAGUGGUGAUCUCUCAAAUGCAUUCGUUGAAGCAGCAGAAAAUAAUUCUUUAAGCAAAGAUAUUGAAGAAUUGGCCAUUCAAGGGGAAGGCACGCCCGAAAACUUUAAUAAAGAAAAAGAUGACGCCAUUGCAGAGGGAUCAGAUAAUGUGCCAUUAUUUGUAGAUUUAUCCGGAGUUAAGUUAGAUAAAGACAAUAAGGGUGUGUUGAUAUCAUCAGGAUACAGUAAAACGAAACGUGGCCGGACCUUUAGGAGACAUUGA